AUGGAGAGACUCUCUUAUCUGUUCUUACUUUUGGAGAAUUUGGCAUUAAAAGGAACGGCUGUACAGUCAUCCAUAUUUUACAUCUGUGGAGCUGCAAAGGCCAUUGAUGGCAUCAGAUACUCUCCUUCAGGUACACCCCAUCCAGCCGAAACCCAUACAUACUGCUCCAUCACAGAUUACCAGCUCAACCCAUGGUGGAGGCUGGACCUGCUGGAUUCUUACUACAUUUACAAAGUGACCAUCACCAACAGAGCCGACUGCUGUCCGGAGCAAACCUCUGGAGUAGAGCUCCGCAUCGGAAACUCUCUGGAAAAAAACGGCAACAACAAUCCCAGAUGUGGUGUCACUUCACUUGUUCCAGGAGGCAGUUCUGUCAGUUUCUCUUGUGGUGGAAUGGAAGGUCGUUAUGUGAACAUGUACCUUCCUAAUAUCCAGAUGUAUCUCACACUGUGUGAGGUGGAGGUUUUUGGAACAGGUAAUUUCUGA